AUGUCGAUAAUUAUUAAUACAAAUGAAAUCUCAUCGAAUUGGAAGAAUUUAUCGGCAAAAAUACCAGUCAGUGAAAUUAAAAAGAAACUAAUUGAAAUGUCUGAAACUACUGUUAAAGCACCAAAAUUGACAAAAGCCGUAUGUCUUGAUUGUGAAAUGGUUGGUGUUGGUGAAAUGGGUCUUGAGAAUAUGCUUGCACGUAUAUCUAUAGUUAAUCAACUUGGUCAAUGUCUUUAUGAUAAACAUGUUAAACCAACCGAACCUGUUGUUGAUUAUCGAACAGCAGUUAGUGGAGUAACAGAAAAACAUCUUGAAAAUGCAAUUCCUCUUGAAGUUAUUCAGAAAGAAGUAUCAGAUAUAAUUGAACAUCGACUACUUGUUGGUCAUGCUAUACAUAAUGAUCUUCAAGUUUUAUUUUUAAGUCAUCCGAAACGACUUAUUCGAGAUACACAACGUUAUAAAGGUUUUCGAUCAUUAUUUAAUGGUGGUUUACCAUCAUUAAAAUCACUUGCUGAUAAAGUACUUGGUUUAAAAAUUCAAACUGGUGCACAUGAUUCUGUAGAAGAUGCUCGUGUAACAAUGCAAUUAUAUGUUCAUCAUCGUCGUGAAUGGGAAAAAUCUUUACGUGAAAAAAAUUCUUUAACAAGUGAAGAAAAACAUAAAAGAAUACGUGCGCGUCAAAAACAAAAAAGAUUACAAACACUUUCUUCUCAUACUAAAAAAACAUAA